GGGCCAAGACUUCGCGUAGCCCAGGCGGGCCUGGCUAGAACUCACAGAAGUGCCCAGGUUUCCCUGGGAGCCUGAGCUCCCCCCGCCCCGCCCCCGCAGCGGGGAUUGCAGGCGUGGCCCUCCAGGCCCUUCUUGGAGUGAGUCAUUGUCAUUUCUGCUCCCGGGAUAAAGUUCGCUCUCUAGUUCUUUCUGCUGAGAACUUUGCGCUUUCCCGCGUUUCUGCGGAGGACCGUGUUUGUCUCCCCCAGUUGAGUUCCGAGCAAGACGGCGGGGGAACAGGAAGCGAGCGCGCCCAGGCCCGAGUCGGAGGGUGGGGUGAGCCCGGCGACCGAAAGUAAAAGAACCUUUUCCCGGAGGCCCGGCCCUGCCCACGCCGAUUAGCCGGGGUCUGGGAGCUCGGAGCCCGGCGGCUGCUGCUGGAGGAGCUGGGGCGCUGCGCGCGGACGCGGGGCCGCGAGCCCGGGGCAGGUCACCACUGCCCUCUCUCACCUCUUGACGAGGAUGGAUUUCAUCAGUCGUCUUUACAAUAUUGGGGAACAACUGGGCAGCGAAGAGUUGGCCUCCCUCAAGUUUCUGACCCUGGAACAUAUCCCGCAGAAGAAACAAGAGUCCAUCAAGGAUGCCCUGAUGCUAUUCGAGAGACUUCAGGAAAGUAGAAUGGUGGAGGAAGGCAAUAUAUUCUUCCUGAAGGAGUUGCUUUAUCGGAUUAAUCGACUGGACCUGCUGACCUUGGUCCUAGGCAGCAGCAAGGAGGAGAUGGAGUUGGAGCUCCAGGAUCCACACAGGGCUCAGGUUUCUCCUUACAGGGUCAUGCUUUUUCAACUUUCAGAAGAAGUAAGUAAGGAUGAACUGAAAGAGUUUAAGUUUUUUUUGAAAAAGGAACUCCCCAAGUGUAAGCUGGAUGAUGACCUGAGCUUGCUUGAUAUUUUCAUAGAGAUGGAGAAGAGGGUUAUUCUAGGAACGGAAAACUUGGACACCCUGAAAAGAAUCUGCAAGCAUGUUAACCGGAGACUGCUGGUGACCAUCAGUCAUUUUGAAGAGUCAAGUAGAGGUUGCAAGAGCUUCUCAGAUCCAGAGAGAAGAAUGAGCCUCGAAAGCAGUUCAGAUUCAGAAAGAAGUUCAUUUUCAAACGAUUUGUCUCUGCUGCUUGCAGGGGAGGAAUGCCUCCAAGUGCAGACAAUGUCGGAUGCCCCAAGACAAGAAGAUAGUGAGCCACAGACAUCAGAUAAAGUUUACCAAAUGAAAAGCAAACCUCGGGGAUUCUGUGUGAUUUUCAACAAUUAUGAUUUUAGUAUGGCACGGAAGAACUUUCCCAAUAUGAAGAACAGAAAAGGAACAAACUUCGAUGAAGAGGCUUUGAGCCAGACCUUUAAGGAUCUUCAUUUUGAGGUAGCAUCUUACCAAGACCACACAGCAGACAAUAUCCUGGAGGUUCUGAAAUUGUACCAAAGCAUGGACCACAAUAAUAAAGACUGCUUCAUCUGCUGUAUCCUCUCCCAUGGAGACCAGGGUGUCAUCUAUGGCACAGAUGGGCAAAAGGCCUCCAUCUAUGACAUCACCUCCUGUUUCACUGGUUCACAGUGCCCUUCCCUGGCUGGAAAACCCAAAGUCUUUUUUAUUCAGGCUUGUCAGGGGGAUAGCUUCCAGAAAGCUAUUCCCGUUGAGACUGACUUGGAGCAGAAGGACUUCAGUUUAGAAGCAGACUCAUCGUCUCCAAAGAGAUACAUCCCGGACGAGGCUGACUUCCUCCUGGGGAUGGCUACUGUGAACCGUUAUGUUUCCUACCGAGAACCCAUGAGGGGGAGCUGGUAUAUCCAGUCACUUUGCCAAAACCUGAGGGAAAGAUGUCCUCAAGGUGAUGAUGUCCUGACCAUCCUGACCGAAGUGAACUAUGAAGUCAGCAGUAAAGACGACAUAAAGAACAUGGGAAAACAGAUGCCACAGCCCACCUUCACACUAAGGAAGAAACUGUUCUUCCCUCAUAGCUGAUGGGUCUAGAUAUCUGUGAUAAGAGGCUUUCACUGUUGUGUGUCUGUUAAGGGAAAAUAGAAUUAAUUUAUUUUAAAUCCAUUUUAAUUCAAUUCCACAUCUCUGGAUUUGGAUGUACAAUUCAGUAUUAUUUUAAUUGUGGCUUUAUUAAUACACAAAUGUGUAAUUUGAAAGUUAUGAUUACAUCAUUACUUUCUUUCUAAGACACCCUUCACACUACUUCCCAUUAAUUAUGUGUGACUACAUGUAUGUAGUGCUGGAGGUGGAAUCCAAGGCCCUGUUUGCAAGCACUGUAUUUCCCCAGCCCUACACUACUUUUAAGAAAUCUAGAAGAUAGAAAACUGAAAAUACUUUUAGUGUAAAAGUUUUUUUGUAAAAAUCAAGUUGUUUUACAAGUUCUUUAUUGUAUGUUCCUAUGGUCCUAUCUCCUAUAGCUCUGACCUUGAAAUUGUGACAAAGUUGUUUUUCUGCCUCUGCCUCCCAAGAAGCCAGGAA